AUGCGUCCUCUGGCUCCAGACGCCCAAGCUCUUUCCACUACACCACCAGGGUCUCUAUUCAGUUCUGCAGUCAUGAAGGCAUGGCAGGGAUGGAAUUUGCACUUGGGUGCCCAGCCUCAGCUGGGCUCUAGAGUUACUCCCAAUUGCCCACACUGCUUCUUCCCGGGGAGCAAGGUGCCGGAGACUAGAAAUGCCCUGGGAACACAUCACACUCUCGGACCAGCCCCGCUGGUGAGGGAUGCAGCCUGUGGCGGCAGAGGCAGCAGAGGGGCGGUGUAUGCACGGCUAAGGUGCUUUGGCGAUGACAGAAGGUGGGUGGGAGCUAAUGCCCCCUUGCUUCCCACGCCAGAAGGAGGGGGUCGGGCGGCCCAGCCUUCACCCAGGAAGGGAGUGGCACAUCGGGCAUUGAUUGGCCCUGUCUGCCCAUGCUCCGAGCCCCUGCAUCACACUGCAGUAUUCAUCAGACCUGAGCAGUUGCUGUCCCCAGUCCUGGAGAGGAGCCUGGACCAGGGUUUGACAGGGGAGGGAUCCCGGGUGAGUGAUGCCCAGGGGAUGGAGUCAGAGGCCCAGGCCCCAGGGAGGGGCUGUCCACUACAGGGACUUCUCCCCGGCAGCUCCCCCAUCCCACUGCCCAGAUGCCCUGCUUGCUACUUGCGACUGGUCCCAAAGCUGAAACCUUCCCCACACCCCACCUGUCCCCCACCACCCCCAAUCUGCAGAAAGGAGGAGAGAAGUCAAAGGCAGGGAAAGAGAGCAGAGGAAGGGCUAUGGCCUGAGAGAGGGGUGGGAGGAGGCAUCUGGGGAAGGAGAGAGAUUAUGACCUUCAGGAGCAGGGACACGCUUUCUUUGCCUGUGCAUUUAUAUGUGUGUGUGUGUUUUCUAUGCAUGCAUAUUUCAGUGUGUAUAUGCACAUGUUUCUAUGUAUAUCUGAGAGUAUAUGUGUACCUAUAG